AUGGCGUCUUCUCAAUGCGCCGCCGUCGCGCGCACGUUCUCCACGUCGACCUCUUUGGCUGAGAUUCAGCAUACGAACCUCAAGAUCGAGCGCACGUCGGUGCCGAGACCCAAAAUACCAAAAGAAGAGCUCCGCUUUGGCAAAACGUUCACCGACCACAUGCUGGAGAUUGACUGGGACAUGGGCAAAGGGUGGGGCCCGCCGGUCAUUCGUCCAUACGGUCCGUUCUCAAUGGACCCCGCAAGUGCCGUGUUGCACUACGCGCUCGAGUGCUUUGAAGGCAUGAAGGCGUACGUGGACGGGGAGGGUCGUAUGCGACUCUUUCGUCCGGACAUGAACAUGAAACGCCUGAACCGGUCCAUGGAACGGCUGUUAUUGCCGACGUUCGACGGUGACGAACUGGUGAAAUGUCUCAUGGAUCUGAUUCGACUGGACCGCGACUGGAUCCCACAAGGCGAUGGCUACUCGCUCUAUAUUCGACCAACGGGGAUCAGUACCCAGGCUUCAAUUGGCGUGGGCACGAGCGAGAAAGCCAAACUCUUUGUCAUUUUGUCUCCAGUGGGGCCGUAUUACCCGGAAGGGUUCAACCCCGUGAAGUUGUGUGCCACGGACCACUACACUCGAGCGUGGCCCGGGGGCACCGGUGGCUUUAAAGUUGGCGCCAACUACGCGCCGGGCAUUCUCCCGCAAUACGAUGCCAAUACACGGGGCUACUCGCAGAACUUGUGGCUCUUUGGUCCCGAGCACGAGAUCACGGAAGUGGGCACGAUGAACCUCUUUGUCCACUGGAUCAACGAACAGGGCGAGCAAGAGCUCAUUACGCCGCCCCUCACGCGUGGCGAUAUUCUGCCAGGCAUUACGCGGGACUCGAUCUUGACGUUGACCCGUGAGUGGAACGAGUUCCAAGUCACUGAGGCCAACAUCAACAUGAAACAGCUCCAAAAAGCCAGCAAAGAAGACCGCGUGCUCGAGGUCUUUGGCUCGGGCACUGCUGCCGUCGUCUCUCCUGUUUCCACCAUCAACUACAUGGACGAGGACCUGGCGAUCCCGCUCACUGGCACGGACGGCAAAGCCGGGAAACUUGCCGAACGUAUCUGGAACGAGCUGUCUGACAUCCAGUAUGGCCGUCGGGACCACCCGUGGUCCAUUGUCGUGGACUAA